AUGUAUAAUUGGAAGUUCCUCGCGAGCGAUGUGGAUUUAACUUCUUUGCAGUGGGCAUACAAAAAUGUAGUACUGAACCAUUGGGAAAAGGAUAUUUUGCUUAUCAAAGCCAAAAAAAUUCAGACGUCUUCGAGCUAUUUUAUUUUCCAAGGAUGCAUAGACAUUGAAUCGGAUAGAGUGCAGAAUGAAGUGAAUGAUUUAGGCACAUUCCAAAAAAGACCAAUUAUAUUUUCUAUGUGUAAUCCGCCUUUUUUUGUAAAGAUCAAAGACAAAGUGCCUAGACCAAGCACUGUCUGCACGGCAUCCGCUUCGGAACUGGCAACUGAAGGUGGCGAAACAGAAUUCGUAAAACGCAUGAUAGACGAAAGCCUAGACAUAAAAGACAACAUCAUAUGGUACACUACACUAAUCGGUAAAAAAGUCAACGUUCGUUUUAUUCUUGAUUAUUUGAAAAUAAAAAACGUACCCAUGAUUGAGCAAGGAGAGCUAAAACAAGGCCGAAAUACGCGAUGGGUGCUUGGAUGGACAUUUCACGCACCUACCAUUCAGACUGUUAGAGACUUUAAAAGAAAACUUUACAGACAAGAUAAAAUUUAUAACGACCGAGUAUAUUUUAUCAGCCUUUCAAUUGGUACAUCUCACCGACAAGUGAUAGAGUUUAUUUCAAAUUGGCUCAAUUCUAAAAAGAUAUCCUACUCAGUAGAUUUUUCAGCUCUAGAAUGUACUGGGAAUAUCUACAGCAUUUCCCCGUGGUAUAUGUCAUUAGAGUGUGCAACCGUUCAAACACCUCACGAAGAAUGUUCUUUGGUAGGCCCAGCAGUUAUCCCAGACAUUAUUUUUCAUUAUCAAUUCAAGGUUAUGCAGUCGAACCGUGUUCAGUCUAGUUUGGUUUGUACACUCGAAUGGCGCCCAUCUUGGUCCUCCUCCUUAGCGCACUCAAUGCACAUAUUUGGAAUUCUCGUCAAAGAAAUCGAAAAUUUCUUGAUGAAUGAGGGCCUGUCUCCCGCCAAUCAGUUUUGA